UCCCUCUCUCUCUUUCCUGCAUUCUCCCACCCUGCCUUGCUGCAUCAGCACCAACCUUUCUUCAUCCUUAAGAGCACUGUUCUUUUCCCAGCUUGGCUGAGCCGGGAAGCCAAGUUUAUCCAUCACUGCAAGCCCCAGCAACCCUCCCCUCUCCCUUCUCCCCCUCCACCUCAAAGAAGAGGGGUCCUUCCCCACCGCCAGUGUCUGCCUGCCUGCCUGCCGUGCCCCAGGGUCCGUGGGGGAAGAAGAGCCCACUGACUACCCACAGGAAUCGCAAUGAAGGACCGCACUCAGGAGUUGAGAAGUGCCAAAGACAGUGAUGAUGAGGAAGAGGUGGUACAUGUGGAUCGAGACCAUUUCAUGGAUGAAUUCUUUGAGCAGGUAGAGGAAAUUCGUGGCUGCAUUGAAAAGCUCUCAGAGGAUGUGGAGCUGGUGAAGAAACAGCACAGUGCCAUCUUAGCUGCCCCCAACCCAGAUGAGAAAACUAAGCAGGAAUUGGAGGACCUCACAGCUGACAUCAAGAAGACGGCUAACAAGGUGCGCUCCAAGUUAAAAGCGAUUGAGCAGGGAAUUGAGCAGGAAGAAGUGCAGAACCGAUCCUCCGCUGACUUGAGAAUCCGGAAAACACAGCAUUCCACUCUAUCUCGUAAAUUUGUGGAGGUGAUGACAGAAUACAACACAACUCAGUCUAAAUAUCGAGAUCGAUGCAAAGAUCGUAUCCAGAGACAGCUGGAGAUAACUGGCAGGACAACAACCAAUGAAGAGUUAGAAGACAUGCUAGAGAGUGGAAAGUUGGCGAUUUUCACUGACGAUAUCAAAAUGGACUCACAGAUGACGAAACAGGCCCUGAACGAGAUUGAAACCCGGCAUAACGAGAUCAUCAAACUGGAAACCAGCAUUCGGGAGCUUCAUGACAUGUUUGUGGACAUGGCUAUGUUGGUCGAGAGUCAGGGUGAAAUGAUUGACCGCAUCGAGUACAAUGUUGAGCACUCUGUGGAUUAUGUGGAAAGAGCCGUCUCUGACACCAAGAAAGCUGUAAAAUACCAGAGCAAGGCUCGAAGGAAGAAAAUAAUGAUUAUAAUUUGUUGUGUGGUUCUUGGUAUAGUACUGGCCUCCUCCAUCGGGGGCACUCUUGGGUUGUAAAUUAAAGCAAAAAAAUAUUAAUAAUAAUAUAAUAAUAAUUUAAAAAUUGUACAUGCAGUGGAUAUAACAGCACAUGUUCCAGCUACCUAUAGAUAAAAACAACUUUAUUGGGUCAGCAAAUCUAAGUUUGUUGUUCGGCAUCCAUCUCUUCAUCCAUUUUUACUCAUUUGCUGGGCACCAGGGUACCACCCAGAAUAUUCAGGUAUUCUGGGCCUCAUCCAGGGGCCUUGUUGUCACACUGUCCUUCCCACGGCACCAUGGUCCAAACUGUGUGAUUCCUGCCUGCCCCACAGAUUUUUCUCCCCUUUCAUCUCAGCGGUUAACCCCGUGGGAAGGAAUGGCUCAUGGUCUUCUUUUCCUACGUGGCAUGGGAGAGAGCAUAGCCAUGAAUCAAGCAUUCAUCUUUGUCAGGCCAUCAUUUACAAUGCAGAGAGGUAGGAAAAAAUGUGAAAUACUUUAGUACUCACGCUGGUAUAUCAAGCACUUGCUUAGGGCCACUAGUACAUUCUCCCCCCACCAUCAUUUAAAUGUCACAUAGCAGUAGCGAAUUGCUCAGAUCACCAGUCCUUGUGGAGGGAAAAGAAAGGGUUAUCCAUACCAUCAACCAAUGCUGAUCUUUCUUUUUCCAUAAAUGAAAUGGGAAAAGGCAUGUGCUGGUGUUCCUUAGGGCAACAUAGCACAUGAUUUCCAAGAAGAAGUGUUUUGUUUUGUUUUUAAAAUUCAGACUUUUCAGAAAUGUCAACGUUUUCAUUCGUAGGUACCUGGAAAAAAAAUUGAGUCAGUUCUCAGGGCACAGUCUACUCAUCUGCUGCACCCUCCUCCAUAUGCAGAUUUUGCUGCCCUAGUAUAACCAGCCUCAUCUUCCCUUGGCAGAAAUCUGCAUUAGCUCUGAGGCUAGCUAAGGCUGAUAUCACAUCAAAGGGACCAACUCAGUUCCUCAGAUAUCAAGGGAUGCCAUCAUCCUUGAGAACUCUUGUGACUCAAUUUCCCAGGUGCUCUCAGUGAUGGCUCCCGUGAUACACAAGGUAGACUGUAACUCUGGGAGACUUUGGGUGCACCGACACAGCCCCCUUUUCCCCAAAGAGCGUGCUUAAGCAUCAUUUGCAAGAUUUAGCAGAUAGAUGACUACUGUAUCCGUCUCAACGUGGUACUGUUAAGCAAUACUGCAACCAUCUGGUUUAUUGUGACGGAAGGAAUAGAAAUUUCAGCAGUUCAACACCAAGUCCUCAGGAUAGCAAGCGCAUGACUUAAAAUCUUAUCCAGAACACUAGAGACUCAUAUAUUUAAGUGUUCAGAGACAGUGAUCAUGGCACCCAGUUGAUCCAUGGACAUACUGGUAUAAAAUUCUGAAUUUCUGUUAGUUCAGAAUAGUGUUGCAAGGCCGUAUUGUCCUUAUUCCAGCCUUUGCACCUAGGGGCCAAGGAACAAUUUGUUUCACUGCUAAUGCAAGAAAUUAAAUAGAAAUUAAAUCCGAACCCAGCCUUCAAUAUAGAUCCAAACCAGAUGUGAUGUCACUCACUUAGGUUGUCCUGGUGUGCAUGUUGUUGUUUUUUUAACACCAAUAGAAGGGUGGGGUGAACUAGGUCAGAUUAGGACUGGGAGGAGGGUGGUAGAAUUGGCAUUUAGAGUAUUUGAGAUUGUUAAAUGCCAGAAGGAAUUAUGACUUGGGCUUCCUAUUAUUUUAGGAAGAAAGGAUUUCCCAUUUCAAAUGCCAAAUGUGAGGAUUCUUAUGAACCUCACAGUAAGGUUGGGUGUCUUCUGCCCUCUUGAAUAGACCCAAUUGAAUUCACUCUGUUCUCUCUGCCUUUAAUCUUUUAAAAAAAUGUAUAUACCAGGGUCAACCACAUGACUAACUUCAGAUCCAGUUUGGUUUCUUGAGGACCAAAAGAAGUAGCUUUGGGCUUCAGAAAUAUGACAAGUUCAGGAACAACUUACAAUUUCAUGUUUUAUGUUUUUCUAUUUUUUUUUUACUUCUUUGCACAUUAAAAAGUAUAGGUUUGCCUUCAACUAAUUUGCUCCUAGUUGGAGCAAUUCAUUCUCUAGAGGCCCUAUAUCGUGUGGCAUUUUCGAGGCUACCAUUAAUUCCAGCUUAACUAAGAAAUAGGUCAGACCUCUUGGGGUUCUGAUGCCAACAAUGAACAGUUUAGGAAAACUCUUUGUUUUCUGAUAACUCACUAAACUUGACAAUGUAUGAUUGCUAUGUGUUCUUUCAUAAACUGAGAGAUAGAGGAAGGCCUGCGGCCUCUGUUGUUUUCACAGCAAAAUAUGAUGGCCACAAAUGUAGAGGAGUGAUCCAUUGAUUCCACACUUUGUAGAUAGCUCCCAAUAGAUCAUCUAGAAGGUGCUGCUUCAUACAUUAUGACAACUACCAUUAGAACCAUUCCUGAUAGCCUGGGUGCUGGUAAGACACCAUUUUUCUUUUAUUUUUACUGUAUGUCUGCCUAUGUGUGUGUGCGUAUGCAUGUGUGUGUGCGUACCUUGACAGUCUUUACAUUCAGCCAAAUUAGAUAAAUGUUAACACUUCCACUUUCGAAGAUGGAAAAGAAGGAAUACAUGUUUGCAUCAGGCAGGCAGAGGAAGGAAGGAAGGAGAGAAGGGGGAGGGGAAAUGAAGGAAGAAACAAAAAGGAAGAAAGGAAGGAAGGAAGGAAGGAAAGGGAAAGGAAGGAAAGAAAGAAAGGAAGGAAGGGAGCAAGGGAUGGAGGAAGGGAAAGAAAGAAAAAGAAAGAAAGAGAAAGAAAGAAAGAAAGAAAGAAAGAAAGAAAGAAAGAAAGAAAGAAAGAAAGAAAGAAAGAAGAAAUCUGUUUUCUUCAAGGUGGUUAGCCCAUCCCCAUAUGCUAGUUUUCUGUGGAAUUUUUCUUCUUCAUUCCACUAUCUCCCACUUCUUUCCCAAAUUGUACAGUCCAUAAAGUGUUUUGCCCCUUGAAUCAACUAAAUGCCAGAGUUGGUUCUUAAUUCCAAAUACAUGUGCUUAUCAGCACAGGUUUAAAAUCUGUUAUACCUAUGUCUCCACCCAUCCCCACCCAUGUAGCCUUCCCUCCCUAUUCCUUUUUCAUGCAUGGAGCAUCAUUAGCUCCACAGAGCAGCUCUUCUAUGCAAGCAACCUGUUGGGGCAGCUUUCUCCUGACCUGAGGCCACCGGCUUGGGAGUGGACUGUGCUACGGGAUUUCGCUGCCUGUGGAAAACAUGAGCCCUUGCUUGUUUUUUCCUUCAUGAAAACAAGAACAGUUGUGACUUCUGGCUAGGAAAAGGGGAUCUUAGACCAUCUUCUUGAGCUCCUACAAAAUGUAACUGAUGCAGGAACAGACCCAAAGCCCAUCCACAUCCGAAUGCAAGUCCAUAUGCAUCUCAAAUUCAUAUGCACCGGAAAGCACCCUGCACAACGCAAACACACACAUUAACACAACAUAUUAAUCAACUAUUGCUAAUUAUGCUAUGCCAUUGGGCUUCACUCCAAACAAAAAACAGAGUCGGGUAUGUUUAUCCAAAGGAAGCUCUGUGCUCUAACACAGUGCCCCACAAGAAACCUCCCUCUACUACUAGAACUGGAGUUUCCAAACAUGGCAACUUCAAGACUUGUGGACCAACUCCCAGAAUUCCCCAGCCACAUGGGCUCAACUCUGUAGUUUAGAAUCCUAAGGUGACCCUCCCCAACCUGGUGCUCUCCAAACACACUUUAAUUCUCAGAAUAUCCAAGUUUGGACUACACAGCACGGGGUUACGAGAUGCUGAAGUUCAAUAUGUCUUGAAGGCUGCAUGUUGAGUUAGGCUGUAUAGAGUGAAUGUACUAUGAAAGAAGGAAGCAAUCAAAGGGAACACGACUAACCCUUGCUGAGUAGUCUGCAGUGGUAGGAAAUGAAGCCCCUUCCCACUGGCCAGAGGCAUUAUUGCAGUAAUUUAUUGUGCCCCUUUGUAACAUUUAGUAAAAAGAGAUAUUUGUAAUACUAGGCUGAUACAAGGCGUGAUGCAGAUCUGCCAGCAAUCUUAACUUUGGUAUAACUAUGCAGUUAUUUCAUGGAGCAUGCUCAUUCCUCUCUUUAUAAACACCGAGAGUCAUUCUUAAAUUGUUUAGCGAUGACUUAAACAUUGGUCAUUUCCAGAUUGAAAUGUAAGGAGUUUCUGUAUUUUCAAUGCAAUACGUCCACAGUCACCACCAGCUAUUGUUUAAUAUACCGUAAGCAGUGGAUGUGUUGUGGAAUUGUCAUUUUGAAAUUUUUAUGUAACAACAAAACAAUCAUGCUAGCACAAUCAUAGCAGCUUGGAGAUUUGUCUAUACAGAAUAUUCCAUUUCUUUAAGACCUUAUAGGGCAAUUCCAAUGCAUGCUGCUUUCUUACCUUUGUAAAGUUUUCUUGGAGUGUAGCUAAGAAUGAAGACCUAUCAUGAAUUAUCCAGCAUGAAGUAUUGUUCUGGACAAGUCUUCUUGGUGGGUAGGUAAUUCUACAGAGCUUCAGUGUUGGCAGUCUAAAUAAGUUCAAGUGCAGAGAUGAGGCUGAAAUUACUUAUUUUUAGUAUAAGGUUGAUUAGGCAGAGGAAAACUGAGGCUAUUAAAACACACAGAGACCCCAUGAACAACUACUUUGAAGCUUGGUAACAGAGUGCCCAUUAAAUAAUUUCUAACAGCACAUUAAGGUGUUCCUAGUUCAGAAUGUGGUUUGUUUGAGGAAUAUGUGAACAGUAAUCAAAAGCAUAACCCAUCUAUGUCAAAAGUGAUUCCAACUUCACUGGAUGUCUUUCAUUUUGCAUAGUCUCUUUCUUGGGGAAGCUUGUCCUGUUUCAUGAGUCAGUUUGCUCUUCUCUAAAUGACCCUUAAAUUGACACACAGAGCCCAGGAAAAGGGCUUAUCUUUUUCUAUCCACUUCAGUCAAGACACUGCAUUUCCUAUAGACAAUGACAGGGCAUUCCUAUCUAAUAGACACCUCCCAAACAUUUCCUAGCUAGCUAGAAGACUGAUGCAUCAGUAGUAGUAGUAGCAUCAGUACUGGUUCCCAAAACUUUAGAUGUGGAUAAUACAGGAUUCCAUUCAUUAGUAUGAAAACAAAACAAACAAAAGAAAAGAAAAAUGAAGGCCCUUCAAAUCCAAAAUCAGAGUUGGUGAUGAACUAGCAAGGAAGACUUGAAGAAAACCCUCUUGGGUAUGGAAAGUUACCUUUAGCAAGCUGUGGUUCCAGACUAGUUAAGAGAGCAGAAUGAAGUCUUAGAGCAGGGGUCUUCACACAUGGCAACUUUUAAGACUUAUGGAGUUCAACUCUCAGAAUUCCCCAGUCAGCAUGGCUGACUGAGGAAUUUAGGAGUUGAAAUCCACAAGUCUUAAAGUUGCCAAAUAUGGAGACCCCUGACUUAGAGGGGCAUUGGCCAGCUAUUCCAUAGAAAUUCUCCUUCUCCAAUUCUAUUGUGAUUGAACUUUGCUCUUUCCAUCCUGAAAUCCAUCCUUGAAAUGUGGCCAUUCCAAAUCUGUUCCAAAAGUUUACUAUUGUUGAUGCCCUAAGCAUAAGGCCCUGUUUACAUAACUACCCUUUUCUCCCGUGGUGGUGCCUGACAGUUUCUCUACUCCAAAACUCUCCAUUGGCUAUUUCUGCUCCCAUCUUUAAUUCUGACUUUGCAAAAUCAAUGAAGGCGUGUGUAUGUGUGCCUGCUUGCAUGUUCUAUAUAUGUGAUAAGGAAUAUAUGUAAGCUACAUAUAUUCAGUGUGGGUGUAUCGGUAACUGUACUGGUGGCAAUGUAGGUAUGACUACAGAAACACAAAAGUCAAGUUUCUUUCAAGCGAUAGGCAAGUAUGUAGGUCUUUUCUGUCUCUGCUGCUGGCUUUGUGCAUGGCAUGGUGGCAAAUGCAUCCCCCCCCUCACCCUAGAGCAAAGUCAAUUCACUGCAGCUGAGAUUGCAGAAAAGCUACCCCCUAAUUUUGGUUUGGAAGACCCCCAAAUCAUUUACAUUAUCCUUGUUAAUUAUCCUUCCCUGUAUAGGAAGAGCUUUUUAAAAAGCCACUGAAACAGUUUCUCUGCAGGCAUCCUUUCAUAAACUGCAGCUCUCAUUUGGUGCCAGGCUUUCCCUCUGGACAUGGACCCUAUCCCUAUAUCUGAAUAAAUUUGCCACAAAAGACUCAGCAAAGCUGUCUCUUCCAAAAAGUGUUUGGAACACUGUUUUAAGGUUCAUGUGUAAUUGGCAAUGAAACCUAUUGAAAACAAGCCAAAAAUAAAGUGCAUAGGUGUGAAAAUAAGGGGACUUUACAUAAACAUGUUUUGAAGAAGAAGAGGGGGGAGAUUUCACUAUCCUGUCUUAAACUACCCAGUGGGUGAUUAGAAAAUGCUAAAAUGUAAUAAAUACAUUCUAAGACACCUGGAUAUCAUGCACUUGUAAUAUUAACCAUUGUGUUGAAAACAGAUUUUAGAAGGAAAGCUGUUUAUAAUCUGGGCUGGAUCACCAUUAUGAAGAAAUGUGGCUGCCAAUUUGCCAGUUAAAUCCUUUAGUAUAUACUACCAUGCCCAGAAAUUUCAGGUGUGAAUGCAAGUCUGGGUAUUGAAUUAUUUCACCUAAUGGAAAGUCGGAUUAAGAUGGCCCUCCACAGGGCCAAACCCCUCUUUGAAUGACUGCUUAGAAACCCAUUACCCAAAUCUUUGGGCUCAUGUGCCAUAUCUCCCAUUGAAUUAUGCUGCUUUAGAUUAGAUGCAGGGGAUCAGACUUCAGAACUAGAGAUCCUGUUUUACAGACUUCACUCACAUUAAUCAUAUGUGUGAACAGAACACCUCCUGGAAGAUAACACUAUAUUCAAACAUGUAUUCAGUCAGCUCUCCCUUUGCAACCGAAGUGGUACAUUGCCACCCCUCAUGAGUCCAGUGUUUUUCAAACUUGGCAACUUUAAGAAGUGUGGACUUCAACUCCCAGAAUUCCCCAGCCAAUGGGGAAUUCUAGGAGUUGAAGUCCACACUUCUUAAAGUGGCCAGGUUUCAAAAACACUAGUUUACAAAAUCAGUCUGAUAUGUAAUCAACUUAUCAGUCAAAUUCAUAACGAAGUUAAAAAUGUGAAUCCCUGUAAACCCUGGGGAAAUAGGACCAGAGUACACUGUGUGGCAAAUGUCUAUUCUGUAUUGUUGGCAUGAGUCAGUAUGCCUACUUGCAUAUGUGGUCCCGUUGAUACCUAUGUGUAGCUUUUAAUGUGCCUAAAUAUUAUGCAAUCUAACUUGGUGUCUUUGUAUGCAUGUGUGACUAGCUCGUUGGUUCUCAGAGUGUGAGACAAGUCUAAAUGAAUGGUUGCUGGGACAGAUGGAUCCCCUCUGGGGUGCCUUCACUCUUUUUUCCAAUUGGGUUGGAAGGUCCAAAGACCCACCCAUAUUUUUGGUUUUUCCUUUGGAAAAAUUCCCAUUGCUUUCCUGCUUUAAUGAAUCCGCAGGUGGACAACUGGUCUCUGGUAUCAAUUGAUAGUCUUAUAUUUAUCUAUGUUAUAUCUUGGACACCUGCAAAAUAACGCUUAUUUAUAUACUGGUAUACGCACGAGUUUGAUCUGCAGCAGACUAGUAAAAUGCAAUGGGUAUUUAGGGGCCUGUUUCUGCCUUUCCCAAUUAUGAGCAGAAGGCGAGACUCGAACACUUAAUACAGCAGUGGUCUCCAAAGUGAUUUAUUUAUAAAUUAUAAAAACUUAAUUUUAAAGUUGGUAUGUUUUAGAAAUAAAUCAGUCUGUUGGGACACAUAUACGCUAUUGUAAAUUCAGAACCUACACUAUAUCAGUAUAUUAAGAUGUAGGUUGUAGUGUAUAGAUUGAACACACAAGAGUGCUCUAUUAAGGUGAGUAAUAUGCCAUUCAUCUUUAUUUGAGCAUAUGUGUCUGUGUUUGCAUUCAAACACACACACAUAGAUAUAAUUAAGGAAGCACACAGACACCUGGGAUAUAAUUUAGCUCAUGUAUACACACAUAUAUUGAUACUUUCUUAAAAUGUGACCUGUAAUUACCCUCAACCAAGAGAAAUACAUGGUUCAUGGGGCUGGCUCAUCCAUGUCUGGCUGGACAGUAAGAGACAUAGUCGAGAUAUGACUUCUUCUCAAAAGCUACCAUCUGUGAACUGACUAUUUUUCCACAUUGUUUUGGAAAGCAUUAUUUUUAAAUGAUGCCUUAAGACACUUUCAGGAGGUAUCCGUAGGUUCAGAUCCAUCUUUCCAUUUGCCAUGAAGUGUUUUUGUUUUAUUAAUUGUUUCAUAUUAACGUUGGGGAUAUCUUGGAGGGGGGUAACUGCAGCAAUGACUUCAGAACCAUUCAGCUUUGUGAUUUUCUUUUCUUUUCUUUUUUUUGUGUGUAUAUAUGUACAUACUUUUCUUAUUUUUCUUUUUUAUAAAGUCUUCAUUCCGUCAUCUCUGCAUAAGAGAUCAAACUCCAGAAAAGAAAGAACAAAAAAAACUUAGAUUUUUUGAUCUUUUUUACAAAACGUAUCCAAUAUCACACACAAACCAACAAAAGCAACUGUUCUGAAAAAAAAAAAGUUAACUGCAUCGCAAAGACGAAAGACAAAUCCUGCAAACAUGUUGAAAUCCCCUCAACUCUCCAUUUUGGGUAUUGAUCUGUGUAUUGUUUCAAUGUAGGCGGUUUAUUGUAGUCUGUGGCGUAUUUGCUAAAACAACUUUUCACAAAAUUUUCUUUAUAAAAAAAAUCAUUCUUUUUUUUAAAUUGACAUAUCUUUCUUUUCCCUUACUCUUUCAUUCCCCUUCAGUUAUUAUUAUUAUUAUUGCUCAAGUUUACAAUAUUAAGAAGAAAAAACCCCCAAACAAAAUGGGGGAACGAACUCAAGCAUAUUUUUUCCAUCUUAUCACGUAACCUAAUUUAUGGAUAGAAAUUUAUAUAUAUAUAAUUAUUUUAUCAAUAGAGUUCUCUUUCUUGUUCCCCCUUAUCUAAAAAUCACAUAAUGAUAACUUUUAGUUUUGGAUCAAGGGAGCUUAAAAAAGCAAAAGUCCUUUUAGGGAACUUUGUUCAUUUCAAAGUAACUUUACCCUUAGCCUAUGUUUUGCACAUGUCAAAAAUUAGCAGGACACUUUCUGUAGAUGAAGCCACUCUGCAUCUCUUCUCUUGAGAUUUUCUUCUCUGGAAGCAAAAAAUCCCCCAUUCUUUAAAUGGUGAAUAACUGGCUUAGUGCUGGGAUGAACUAUCUGGAGCAUUAGUGUCACACGUAGCUCCAAUUGCAUUCGGAAGUUCCUCUGAAAAUAUUGCUGAAAAUUGUUUAGUGCAAUUUCCCAUCUUUCUUUAACAGAAAUGGCGUAGAAACCCUACUGUAAUCUUGUCAGGCUUAACAGAGUUGGAAAAACCAAGAUAUUCCCCAAACUGACCAAAAAUUUUGCUAAUCGCCCUGCACAUCCCAGUUCCUAAGCAUCUCAAAAAUAUUAAAUGUAGCCUCGGGGCCUGAGAAAAAUUCCCACUUCCUGAUUUAAUGAGAUCUAUUGAUCUUGCUAAUAGGAACUGAUUUACCAACUGGGAGCAGGGUGUUCCACAGGAAGCAAUCCAUAUUUAUGCUGACAUUCUAUAAAAUGGUCAAGAGGGUGGCUCUAAAUUUUUUAAACCAAGAUGCUUAUAGCAGUCUCUGAUGGAGUAAACACUGGCUGAUUUUCUUUCUGAAAUCAAAAGUAGGAUGGACUUUGACUCCAAAGUCCAUCCUUAUUUAAGCAUGCCCUUGGAGAUGCUCAGCACCGGUAUACAUUGUGACACACCAUUCCUAAUAUGGCACCCCAGUCCUUCAUGAAUUUGUCCCAUCAGUAUGAGGGAAAACAUUAUUGCAAACUAUGUGACUUUCCAGGAAGCAAUGGACAGAAAACAGCUGUGAUACUUAAGUUGGAAUAAAGCUACCAGAGACAUGGUUUCUCUUGCGUAACUGCAGAUGUGUAACAGAAUAGUCUUGAUCUGACAUGAUUGGUGUCCUUCUCCUCUCCCUCAUUAGCAAAUUUGAGGUUCUCUAACAAAACUCUGAAAAGAAGCUUAAAAAGUGAUGGGUUUCCCUGGUAAAUACCAUCUGCCUAAAAUGAUAGCAGGAGUUUCUUAUGUCCACUCUAAAGAUAAACCUUCAUGUUUCCAAUUCAUAAGUGAGGGAAUAUGUUCCUCUGAUAAUUGUGUGGCCUACAUAUUCAUUCAUUAAUGUUCCUAUUUGCCACUCCUGCCUGGGAGCAUUUGUUUAAAGUCUCCCUUUUAUAAAGACACCCAGUUAUGUCUCCAGCAUGCAAGAAUUCUUGAUCAUUCUACCUUGUACCUACUGGAGAUGGCUGUCUAGACAUCUCAAAUGGUGGCUUUUUGAAGAAGUCAGCCCUUACCCCUUUUGUGGAACUAGGGUAACAUUGUCACUCUCUGACGCAAGCCAUGAUUCAGCCUUAAUUUUGGAACACCCUUCUCCCAGCCAAGAAAGGUGGAUAACAUCACACAGAAAAAGCUUCAUCUACAGAACAAUUAACCCAGGAAAACCAGACAGGGAUAGGGUAAAGCAAUGUUUCUCAAGCUGGGUAACUUUUAAGAGAUGUGAAUGUCAACUCCCAGAAUUCCCCAGCCAGCUUUGCUUGAAGUCCACAUGUCUUAAAGUGGCCAAGAUUGAGAAACACUGGGGUAAUGGAUAUAACAUAAGAUGUAAUUUAUUAACCCAUUAAAAACAUUGUGGUCAACUAAAACUAGUGCCCCAGAUGAUGAGACAGCAGCUUUAAAAGCUUCCUCCCCCUCCCCCCCAAUUUAAUGUAAAUAUUUAUGGACAACAUAAUCCAGUGCAGUGUAAAAUUCAUACACUUAACAGAGAUGAAAACCCUAAUAUGCAUCUCUUGUAACAUGUGAAUAGAUAGUUGCUUCCUUGAUUUAGGAAUGACGUGAAACUCGAAAGCGGGCAGUUGUGGUCAAAGAGCACCUUUCCAAAUCAGAAGUUGUAAUAAAAUUCCAGCUGUCUCUGAAAUAUAUUUAAAAACAGAGGGUUGGAACUGGUUAAAAAAUAAAAUCUUAAAAUAGUUCCAUUGAUAGUAGUCUAAAUAUGAUUCACUCUAGACCAGAAAAAAAAAAUCAUUCUGCCUUCUUGCGUUCUUUUUUUUUUGCAUCCAGAAGACCUCCCUCAAUCCAAAGAAAAGGGGGAUUUUAUUUUUUUUAAAAAAAGAGAAAUAUAUAUUCAUCUCUUAAUUAAAAUAUUUUCCCUCUCCUCCUCCCUCUUUUCCUCUCAUAUGAUGCUUUCAAGAAACAGAAGGGCUUGAGGCCCUCGAGUGCGCAGAGAUUUGUGGGGAUAUUUAACUUGAAAGAGGGAAUCUGGGUUUAAAACUCUUGGCAAGACCCUUUGCAAAAACGCUUGGCCAAAGUCAGCCUUGUUUAGAAACCAGUUUAGCCACAGGAUUCCAGAGAAAGCGAGGGAAAGAAAUGUGCAUUGUUUAGCCUGGAUCCCGUUGAUAUAUAUGGAGGCAGCAUAAGAACAUAAAGAGUUUUUGGACAAGACAUGUGCCAAUCCAUCUAGUAAUGGAUAUACUCAAAAAACUGUAUCCCUCAUUUAUGGAAAAAGUAGGCUUGUAGUACACAAAUAACAUAAGAACAUAAAUUAUCCUACUAUUAUAUGAGGAAUGUAUCAAUAUAUCCUGGGCAGACAGACAAAUCUAUUCCCAAACUAUUUCAGGGUCUCCCAGUCUGAACUAGAAGAAAGAUCUGCCACAUUUCCUCAAACAGCUUUAUACUUUUAAAUGACAAAAGGGGGGGAGGGUGUCAUCUGAGCAUCAUGAGUUGUAAAAGUCUUCCUUGGUAGCCUUUUAAAACAUUAACUGUUCCUUGUAAUCCAUGCAUCUUUCAAAGACAGAAUCCUCUGGGCAUUUCAAGCUGACUAGAUCUUUAGUUUGCCCCACUUUCUAGAUAGAAGAAUGUUGUUGUUGUUUCAUAUUUUGCUUAAACACAAAUUCCUAAUCUUUCAACUGGUUUUGGAUUAGCUUCUUGCUUUCUGUGCAAAGCAUCCUGGGGAAUGUAGUUUGAUGUGACAUGGAUCAUGCUGAGAACUCCCCAUUAGACAAUUCGGUUCCAUUUUGCAGGGUUAAAGUUUGAAAAAUGUCUCUGUAGUUGGAAGGAACAGCCUUCUAUUUGCAGUGUACAUCUGAGGCAGAAAGAAAGAAAAGCCAAGUUUUUAAACAGGGCUGACCUAGCUUUAAAGGGUAAGCGUUUUUGCAAUAAACAGAACAUCCAUGUUCAAAACACAGGAUUUUUAGAGAUCCAAUCAGGUAUAUUUGUGCUGGUGCCAGCAAAUGUCAACCACAUGGUAGUGGUACUACUCAAUGUGGGCACAGAACUUGUCUUUGUCCAGCCUACCCUUGCCUUGGUCAUAAGUGAGAUUGGCAUGUGUCAGAAGGAUCAAUGUUGAAUUUAAUCCAAGUUAGAUUGCCAUAUGAAUCUUAGCAGCAUUUGGGGCCCAAAUAUGUAAAGGAAACAUUUCCUCACCUCAUAUCUUUAGUUUCUCCUCUUCCUCUUCCUUCUCCUCCUCCUCCUCCUCCUCUUUUUCAAGAUUUUUUUCCCCUUUCACUCUUUAGUUCCUUCCCUUCCUCCGUGUGUAAAUACCAGCUGCUGUGUGUAACGGGUGAUUUCUUCCUUCUUCUUUCUCCUCCUUCCCCUUGUUUUUUGUGGGAAAAAAAACCUUGUGUUUGUUUUGUUCUGAAUGCGCUUUAACUGGCUGACUUCGGAAGGUCUGAGUGUUUUUUCCCCGCCUGGGGAAUUUUUCUUUCUGAAUUUGUUUGUAUAGCAAGUUAUUAAUUUUCUCAUUUUAAAAAAAGUAUUUAUUAUUAUUAUUUUUUAAGAAAAGGUCUGUUCCAUUUUUUUCUUUCUGAAAGGUAACUCUUUGUUUCUGGGUUUAUUUUUUCAAUGUCUGUCCAUAUGUGCUUAGUUAAAGCCAGUGACUAAAUGCUAAAUCUUUCCAAAUGCUCGAUGGCUUGCACGCUCUCUUGCCAACACAAGUUGGUCUAAUAAAAAGGUAUCACCUUUUGUCUGUGUGUGUGUGUGUGUUGAACCAACCAUCUCUGUAUUUUUCUCUCCCUUCCCUCUCACUUGCGCCUAUCCUCCUUCUGAGGGUUGUAACAUAAUUAAAUGUUUAAUGCUGAAGUUUCUUGGUUGAAAUCUGGGAAAACAGGAAGAGGUAGGAGAAUUUCUCACUCUCAUCUCCUUCCCCUCUACAGUGGGGUAAAUUAACAAAGUUUUCACCCUUAAUGUGUUCUGCGAUCUUUAUAAGGAACAGAGCCAGCAAUUCCUUUCCCCAUAGGGCCAUUUAAAGAGCAAGAUUUCACUUUCUUAAGAAAAAUUCUCAGCCCCUAAAGAAAAUUUAGCUUUUCUUUUCUUUUUUCUCAUCAUUUUCUUUUGCUUUCUUUCAAAGAAUUCAAAGAAAUACACCUUUAGUCUCACCUUCUCCCUUCUUUUAUCCUCAGAAACGGAGCGAGAUAAAUGGACCUGAGUGCUAACGGCUUCCCUAAAGGGGUCCUAAAUCUUCCUUGCAGGCUUGUGCAAAAUCUUUCAAAAUCACCCUGUUUUGGGUUCAGCGCCAUUUUUGUGAACUUCUCCGGGCUAUUUCAAUUAGUUUGAAAGUCCUCUGAGGUUCAAACUAUCACAAAUUGAGGGAAACAGGUCCUGCUGAGGUUGUGAGGGAAUGAAAGCAAAUACCUGAAGCAAGUCUGUCAAACUAACAAGCCCCUUAAACUCAAGUAAGAUUUUUGCUUAGGCAUUUGCAAAUACUGGCUCACAAGGUAUCUUUGAAAUCAGCAAAGGUACAGUAUUUUUAGAUGGAAACCAGAAUGUAAUCAACCACAAAAAUUGAUCCAUAUCGACCUCAACCUUAUUAUUCUCCUUAUCUCUUUAUAAACAAAAAAAAUCUAACCCCUAUUAUGAUGGUCAUUUGGCAUUGUUAUUGGUCAGCAUUUAUUAUGUGAGUAUAUAAAAGGUGGUUUGUGCCCAUCUUUGGUAGAAUUUCCUUAGCACUGCUUGAAUAAACUUGGCUCAAGCAGA